AUCUUCUGCGCACCUCGCCUGCGCAAAACACAUGGUGACACCAGUGUGCUUGCAGAGAGUGCACCCAUCACUUCGAUUGCGUAGGCCUAACAAACGUAGCAAAUUUGUUACUCAUUACAUUCUGUAGAUACUAGUUUUAAGUUCGCAACGCAGACACCCCUUCACCCGUCUGACAGCGGAAAGAGACUGAUUCCAGUCUUCUUCCAAGGCUCAAUUUAUCCUAGUGGUUUACCGUCCUCAUAGAAGUACCCAGGAAAUGGUCAUGGAGGCCCCUCCAACUCCGCAGUGCGUGGGACGGGAGUUUGUUCGCCAGUACUACACACUGCUGAACAAAGCUCCAGCACACCUUCACAGAUUCUACAACAACAACUCAUCCUUUGUCCAUGGUGGCCUGGACCCCCCUAACCGGGAGACCAAACCAAUGGUUGGCCAGCGACAGAUCCAUCAAAUGAUUCAACGACUGAACUUCCGUGACUGCCAUGCUAAAAUCAGCCAAGUCGAUUCUCAGGCUACCCUUGGGGAUGGUGUUGUGGUCCAGGUGACUGGUGAACUGUCCAAUGGUGGCCAGCCUAUGCGACGCUUCACACAGACCUUUGUACUCGCGGCUCAGUCUCCCAAGAAGUACUAUGUGCACAAUGACAUCUUCCGCUACCAGGACAUGCUUGUUAGUGAUGAGGACCUUGACCAUGACUCUGGACGAUCUGAUGGUGAAGAGGAUGUGGAAUCUGGGGUGGAUAUCUCUCAGCCUAUGCAGCAGCCGCCAUCCCAGAACCCACAGUACUACCAGCCAUCUCAUCCUCAGCAGCUGAUCGGAGGUGCACAGCCUCAGAUUAUGCAGCCCACCGUCAAUGGUAUGGUACAUGUGGAGGAGAUGUCAUCUUUGCCACCCGUUGCUCCUCAGCCCAUCACUCAGGCUCCAGUCCCGACUCCAGUUCAGCCCUCUUCAGUCACUGCCACUCAACAACCAGUCCCUAGUGCCCCUCUUGUGCAACCCAUUCCUCAAGCUCCUGUUGAGGAACCCAAUGUUAUGCCUGAGGAGUCUACUGAGGAUAUUGACGAGUCGGCUGAUGCUCACGGUAAUGAGCAGGAGGAGGAAGCUGCAUCCUUGGGUGCUACUCAGGACGAGAAAGAUGAGUCUACCCUGAACGAGUCAUUUGAAGACCAACCCAGUGAGGCUGUGCACAACGAGCCCAAGACCUACGCCACUCUUCUGAAGGGAUUCAGUCAGACUGCUGGCUACUCUGCCAUCUCUUCAAAGACAUCGCCAACAUCUCCGCCUCCUGCCCAGCGUACGGAACAUAGCUCCAUGGCAUCUGGACCACCAGCUGCCCACCGACCUGGCAAUGUCCGACCGACUCGUGGAGCCACCAAUGUGAGGGGCAUUGGCCGUCCCUCCAUGGACAGGCAGGGUGGCCGUCCCCCAUUCAGUGACGACUCAGAUGGUGAACGCCGCCGAUCCGGUCCAAGCAACACCGCUCCCUACCCUGACCACAACCAGCUGUUCUUGGGCAACCUUCCCCACCACGUAACAGAGGAGGAGCUGAAGAAACUGUUCGCUAUGUAUGGAAAUGUGGCAGACCUCCGCAUCCACAGCAAAAACAACAACCUCAAAGGAAACGGCCCUCCUGGCAAUAAAGUACCCAACUAUGGAUUUAUCACAUUCGAAGAUGCUUCAUCUGUCAAGGCUGUACUGGAGAAGAGGCCGAUCAUGUUCGACUCCCAGAAAUUGAAUGUGGAGGAGAAGAAGCCGCGCAACCGCAACGACACUGGCAACGGUCCGGACGGCCGGGACCGGGACGGGCGCCCCGGGCCGCGCGGCGACGGCUCCAUGGUGGGCCGCGGCGGCGUGGGGCCCAGCAACAUGGGCAACCCCAGGAUGGGCCAGCCCGGCUCUGCCCCCCGCGGCGGCUCCGGCAUGCGCGGCGGCCGCGGCGGAGGCAACUUCAACCGUGAGCGUGAGGGAGGUCCUGGCGGCCAGGGCGGCCCCGGACGUGGCGGCAACAUGAAUGGCAGCAACCGAGGCGGCUACGCUCCCCGCCGUCAGUAAACCAGGUGCCGGGUGGCUGCAGACGACUCGCGGCCCACACCGGAUCUACUAACAACAACCAAUUAUUUUCCUUUUAAUUUUUUUUCUCCGUUCUGAUACGAGCAGACUCGUAGGCGCCGAGUGAAAAAAAAACAAAACAAACAAACAAACCAAGACUGCAUCGAUGAGAGUUUGCACAAGUGUUAGUAACUCUAGUCGUUUAGGGGACAUGAGCAUUUAGACCUGCUUAGUUUCAGGGUGUCCUCUCUUGAAACUCCCAAGUUACUGAAAUUGGACAUUUUUCUCUGAGCUGAGACCUGUUUUAAUGGAAGAAAUCGUAGCUGAUCUAUUUUUAAGUGAUGGAUUCAUUUCAUUUGAAGUAAGAUAUUAUUUUUAAUGUGUCUCGAUCCUUUUUUGUUUUUCUUGCUUAGGUGAUGAUAACUUGCUAGCAACUUGCAAUUUAUUGGCACCAACAACUCAUGCAAUUAGUGAGUUCACCACACUAGCAUGAUUCAAAAUACACAUUGUAAUGGUAACUACUUCAUUUUGUUGCCUUGCUGUCUCUUGAACCAUUAAUAACCUGAACUGCUCUUCUAAAGCAGGUUUCGAGAGCAGUAUUACCUGUUAGACUGAUAGUGGUACAAAAAGAAAGGGCGCCGACCUUUCCUGGCUUCAUUCACUCCUGGUGAUGCCUAUUGCUGUUUUGUCAGAUUUGUGGAAAUAAUGUACUUAGUGAGUGCCAAAGGUAUUAAAGGUUUGCGUGGCUGGCCUAGUCCGAGUUCCUGUUUGGAGGUUUUGUCCAGGAGGGGAAUUCUAGAGCUGCUUGGAGCAGGUGGCAGCCAUGGGUCUUCAAAAAGUGAACAAAAAAAAAUUAAUCUGUACUCAUUUAUACUGUUGUGCCAUCCAUUGAUACAUGUGCACGUAAAAACUUGGGACUGCAAUGGUAUUUUUUUUUUAUUAGUGUUCUCAGUGGUGAGAAGUAGACAGUAUGUUGGUUAUUGUCACAGUAUUGGUUACCAUAGAAUGCCUUUUGAAUUCAUAUCCCUGCCUCCAGUGAGGCAAAAUAUAUUUUGGUCUUGGACCAAGCCUUGAAUAUUAGUCUGUUGCAACCAAUCCUCACAUUCCAUCAUAUUGUGGCUUAUAUGUAACAAAGUUACAAAUUGUAUUUAUUGUGAACAAGAAAAAAAUACCGUUUCAGUUCCGCAUUGAACUGAAUGGUUGAUGGGGAGGCUUAGUGGACCAUCCCAGGCCAGCUGCCCCACCUCUACUCAUUGUACUGUACUACCCUGUUGGCAUUCUUUGGUGCUUUUAAAUCUAACCCUAGCUUUUUUUCCCUGUAAACUGUAAUGCGGGCCUCUUAUGUGUUUUAUAAGGUAUUUUUGUACGUGUGAAUGAUGCUGACUGUGACAUAGGCAAUGAAAGUGACAACAGGGUAGUGGGGUUCGAGGCAUUGAUCUAUUGAUGACUUCAGUAGCUGCACUAGUUGUAUGGUAAGAAUUUUGUUAAGUUAUUGUUUUAAUUUAAAACAGAUUUGCGGUUGAAGACAUUCUUAGAUCAACUAAUCUAGCCCUUUUAAUAGUGGUGUUGAGCAGUUGUGGAGGGGACCUGGACGAGUAUUGGUGCUGAAUUACUGGAUCUGUGGUUGUCUGGGGUUAAUUUCCUUUUUGUUAUGCACUCUAAAAAAAAAUAUAUUUAUGAAGUCUGUUUGGCAUUAUUUCAUGCUUCUUUUUAUUAAAAUAAAAUGCUACUUGUUUUGUUUUAAAGGUCUAACAAUUACUUCAGUGGGUCUUGCAUAAUGAAGGAAAUUUUAUGUUUCAUUUCUGUUUUUAUGUUUUCUUUACAUGUGAAGUAUCAAAGUUCUGUUGGUAUUCUCUCUUUUUUUUUAUUAUUAUUUAAUUAGUCACUUUUGGCCUAUCAGUUUAAAAUGGUAUAAAAUGAUCUUGAAAUACUUGAUAGAUUGGUGUCUUCUUGGUUAUGUAAAGGGAACUGGAUAUCUCUCAACUGAUGGAGUUCUACUUUUUGUGAGAUGAAUUCCUGUGUUAUUAGGGUCAACAAUUUCAUAUCAGUUCGAGUGUUCUAUUGAACGUAUAUUCUGUUUUGAGUUGGUGUACCAGUGCAGCUCAUUGUGCUAUCCCAUCAAUAGCUUUUCUAAAUUUAGUUUUCAUUUUAUUUAUUUCUUUAGAGCCUAUGUGAGCUGCACUGCAUUGGUUUUUAACUCCUCAGUUCUUCAGUGUCCUACCUAAUACUGCAAUUGCCUCAGGCAUUAUGAAAUGCCUUUCCCAGUCUAUCAUGUUAUUGUAGUUGAUUUUUUUUUUAAUUUCCCUGUGAUAAUUAGAUGAAAGAAAUAAAAAAUGUUUCCCUUUUUGUAA